GCAACGGUCAAACUUCCAAAGCUAGAAAUUCCAAAAUUUACGGGUGACAUACGGUCAUGGCAAGGUUUCUGGGACCAGUUUGACGCUACAAUCAACCAAAACGCCUCUCUGUCUGAAAUUGACAAGCUUAAAUACCUGAAAAGUUACCUUACAGCUAAAGCUGCUACAGCAAUUGAGGGGUUACAACUGACAGUUGAAAACUACACCGUUGCACUGGGCCUCCUGAAAACAAGAUUCGGGAAAAAAGAACUCAUCGUAGAAGAACACAUGUCACGAUUACUGGCAGUGAGAACAGUCAGUAACUCUCACAACGUGGAGAAGCUCAGGUUGUUGUAUGACGAAGUUGAUACAGGAGUCCGAAGCCUUGAGGCGCUUGGUGUCUCUUCAAACACCUACGGGACACUCCUACUAACAGUCCUGCGAAAAGCUGUGCCAUCAGACCUCGAACUAGAAUAA